CGGUACGGUAGCCUUACAGUUGGUGUCUUAGACGAAUCUUCCAUUUUCAGUCAUUUUUCUAAAAGAAGUAAAUUGAAAAGUAAUGGAAACCGAAAACAUGUACACGUAUUCCCGCAAUAGCGAUUGGAUGUGCCCAAAUUCAAGCAUCUCCGAUGAUCCAGUUUACGCGGAGACGUGGAUCGGUUCUAAAAAAGUGAUGUGCGCGUCUAAAAAGUCGAGGUGCACAGCACUCAUAAAAACAAAAACCUCAAUCAAACAAACAAACACACCUGAUCUCACAAAAACUAUUUCAUAGCACAAACAAAACAAUCGAAACAAUGGCGCCUAUAGAUAAGAAGAAGAGAGGCAUGAAGAAACGGGCCCCGAAGAAGCAGGGACCCAACUCUGAAAUGAAGCUUCAGUCGCAAAGGUUCAAGAGGGAUACACUCGGCCUCCUUGCCCACAUGCAGAUAGGGCAAGGUGGCGGUGUGCCUGAUGCCAUUUUGACUCUCGUGGAUGACGUUGGUGAUAGCAAGACGAAGAGGCUUGCCAACAAGAGCAGCCCCAGCAAGGCUGGCAAAGUAGCCAAUGGAAGGAAAAAGGUGGGAGACUUCUCAAGGAAAAUUGUGGUGGCGAUGCAGAAGUUUUUGACGAAGCUAGUGAGGCAGUUCGCCGACAAGGCAGCCGAGUAUGCCCUUAACGAAAUGGUCGGACAGAUUGAGCAGACGGUGUAUUUUUUGCUCGGUGGUGUGUUGGAAGAGGUCAAGGGCUUUGUGUCUGGGGGCUUUGACGUUUUCAAAAACAUCAAGCAGGCUGUUGUGAGCGCCCAAAGGUAUCUGGCGACCAACGGCAUUGCAGAACACAUCAACGAUGGAUACCCCACGCACACCGUGGAAGCGGUGCGGGCCUUGAUCCUCAAGUCGACCUUUGAAGGUCUCGGGAAGUUGCUCCAGCAGUGUCUCGAGGUGGGAUUGGAGGUGGCCAUUCCCUGUGUGGCACCUGUGGUUGCGGCUGUCAAGAGCAUUAUGAGCUUCUUGGUCCGUACAUUCAUGAGGUUCCGCCUCGUUUACAAUACCAGGGUGAUCUUCAAGGAGGCCCGCACCGCCUGGCACGACAGAAGGCUGAACAGCAAGGACAGCAAGUGGGACAGGAGCAUCGACCAAUGGUUUGAUGCCUGGUUCCCAAGUGUCUUGCUAAGGGCUCCGCUUUUGGCGUGCUACCUCCUGGGGACCAACGCCUCCGGCAGUAUCUACGCUUUCUUGUCUCCGUUUGGUAUUGAUGGACACAAGAAGACCCACAACGAGCUCGUGUACCCCCACAGGCAAUACCAGGCCUUGCGUGAGUUCGCCUGGACGACCACAGCCGCGCACCCCAUUAAAAUGAUUGGAUAUGGAAAGGAAGGCAAGAAGGGCGAAAGAUUCAUGUACACUUGGGCGAACGAUUGUAUGAUCGCGGCCUUGAAUCAUGGUGUGGUUCGUGUGCAGCUCCCUCCCAUCAGGCUCUGAGAUCGGCGCAGGCCUUCAUCUAUGCAUAUGUGUGGGUCGAGUCAUCUUUGUGGAUCGAGUCGCUGUCUGGAACCAGGAGAGAUUUAUGUGAAUGACUCUCUUGACGGGGCAACAAUGUAUCGAGACAAGACGCAUGUCAACUGCCGUGGAUACAUUCACUCAGUUGCGAAUAAACAUCUCGGUUGUUUCUAAACUAAAUUUAUGCCUCUAUACCUC